UUCAAUUUCUUCAUAGCCAUAACCAUAAUAACAAUGCUUCCACUUCAACUCACCACUCAUCCUCAUACCUCAUCGCUAUUGCUGAGCAGCACCAACACUUGUUCCUUCUGUCCCACAUCUCGUUCUCUCUUCAACCUUAAAAACAGCAGCAACAACAACAACAAGAAGCUAUACCUUCUUCGGUCCACUAUGGGAACCCUCACUCUUAGGGUUUUCGCGAUGUCUGGUGACUCUGCAUUCAAGAUGAAUCUCAACGAGUACCUCGUCACUCUCGAGAAGCCCCUCGGCAUCCGAUUCGCUCUCACCGCCGACGGCAAAAUCAUCGUCCACUCUCUCACCAAAGGAGGUAAUGUGGAGAGGUCGAGGAUAAUUAUGGUGGGUGAUACUUUGAAGAAAGCUGGCGAUUCGUCUCAGAAUAGUCUCGUCGAGAUUGAAGACGUUGGAGAUACACAGUAUGCUUUCUGAUUUUGCUUUAGUAUGUGUUUGGAUAUUGGAGUUGUGGGGGGAAGGUUAAACUUUCAUUUCCAAAUAUAUU